AGAAAAACCCAACAAAAAAAACAUAAUCACCUUGAAAAUGAGAAGAAAUGGCAAUUUAUUACAUCAAGAAACAAAUUCAUCUUCCCUAUUACAUGUAACACCAAUAACAUCAAUAAUAACGGCAAAAGAUUUAACAAUAAACUUCCUCCAAUUUUCAUAUCCACAAACCCAUCAUACAUAAACAUUGACACUUUAUCUAAUCUCUACCUCUCUUGCAAUCACUCUCCUCAUCGUUUUCCAUUAACAUCAGACGGUAUCGACACCCGAAAACUCGGUGUCGCAGUGUCUAACAGCUCUGUGGCGGUGUCGGUCUUCGCCGAGGUUGGUGGUAGUAAUGGUGGUGUUGAUGACGUGGAGGAGAGAGAAAAGGGGUUGUGGGGGAGGAUAUUGCCAGCGGUGGUGACGCCGGAAAAUGGUGAAUUGGUUGGGUUUGGACGGGCAGUUUCUGAUCUGGGGUUAACUGCUUCUAUUUAUGAUGUCAUGGUCAUACCUUAUUUGCGACGGUUGGGGAUUGGUCAGAUGAUAGUUCAAAGAAUCUUAAGAAUUCUUACUAAUAAAGGAAUAUACGACAUAUCAGCUCUCUGCUCCGAGGAAGAGAGAUUAUUCUUCGCGGCAUGUGGAUUUGGAGACGAUGUUUUAGGAUCGACAACAAUGAUGUACACAAACACGGUUUCUAGCAAUUCUGACAAUGGCCAGAUAAUUACACAAGCUGGUCGAAAACUGCUAGUAGCACCACCUUUAAGACGACCCUUCCCGUCUCAGAAACAACCUCCACACUUGGCUUGCUGAAAGUGAAUGAUACAUCCCUUUAUUCUGUAGAAUAUCAGUUAAUAUAUUCAAAGUCCUUUUAUGAA